CAUAUAUUUCUCAUCUAUAUUGUAAUUACCAUUUACAAGCACUAUAAAAACAAGACUUUCCAAAGGCAAAUACAUCAGUUUCAAAGAGUUUUCGCUAUGGUGCGACAAUUGAUUCUUGUCCUUUCGCUGAUCCUGUUCUGGGGCAGCUCACAUGCUGUUCUCAGUGAGUUGGCCCGACAAGGGGAAUCUGCCAUCCAGGGUUUGGCCGACAUCAAGAUGGCGCCCCUUCGAUAUUUAGAUGUUCUUUUUGGAGCUAAUCCGGGUGGACUUCGAGGACUACACGGUGGUAUUUAUGACCCUGGAAAUACUUUGCCACAAACUGCCGCAGUUUUACAAGCAUUAAAAGCUGCUAAUAUUUUGGCUGGAAUUGAUACAUUGAGGCCUGGAUACAGUAAAAUAUCAGCUGGAGUCGGCCAGGGGAGCGAUUUAAUCACAAUAAUUAAGAACACACGCCCUUACGAUCCAUACCUGACUCCAACAGGUAUUCCAGGGCAUUUUAAUCCGAUGGGUUGGCUACCUGGUGGUCCCGGUCCAAACCGUCCGGGUGGAACAGUUCCGAAUCAACCGGGUAGACCAUCCCCGGGAGGUUUCCCAAACAUACCUGGUAGACCAAUCUCUGUUGGAUCAUUUGAACGAUUCCCUGGAAGGCCAAUCUUUGGUGUAUCAUUCCCUGGUGGAUCAUUCCCUGGUGGAUCAUUCCCUGGUGGAUCACUCCCUGGUGGAUCAUUCCCCAGACCAUUUCCCAGCCAAUCAGUUGGAAUCAAGGGCGGUGUAGGCGCAUCGGUAGGUGGAGGCGGCGGAAUCUUCGGAAACGGUGGACUAUUCGGUACUGGAAUAUUUGGCCAAAAUGGACUGUUUGGAACAGGACUCCUUAGCGGACCUUCGCUCGACCCCUUUGGAAUUUUCACGCCAUUUGGUAACUUCUUCGGAGGACUAGGAAACUUAUUCGGAUUCUCAUCCUCAAGCAGCGCAAGCGCAGCAGCGGGGGCGUCUGCUCAGGGACACCCGAACCUUUUUAACAAGUUUGGUCUUCUCGGUCGCGGCUUGCAAGGUUCCAUCAGCGUGGAUCUCGACGGCACAUUGCCUUCGCCAAAAGGCAUUUUAGGAGGGUUGUUAUCCCCUCUUCUGGGGGUAUUGGGAUAGUACCGAGGAACCGACUUAUGCAACGGAAAAACGGACCUGACGGUAAAACGCUUAGGCUUAACUUUUAGCAUUAAGAAACGACAAGUGUCGGGGUAGAAUUAACAUUUGUCUUGGCCAAGCUUUGUAAAUGCAGUACCCUUUAAUAAAACUAAGCAGCAUUCCAAUAA